CCUAAAAACAUGUUUUUAGUUUUAUGAGAGUAACAGAGACAGAUAAAACUGUUUUUAUUUAAAGAGGGAUUGAACAUCUCGUUUCAUAUUCACUGUUCGUCGAAGAAACUGUUCGUAGUGACGUGUCUUAAAAGGUGCACGAAAAAGUAUUAAUAAUUAAAUUUGAUCAUGAUUUAUACUGUAGCAAACGCAAUCCAAUUGAUAUUAGGUAGUCCGGUAUACGUACUGGCCCUUAUGUUAUCAGCAUUUGUAUCUGUCUACUACCUGUUGACGAGAACAAAUAUAAAACAUCCUGUCAUUCCCUUCAACGAGCAGAGCUUACUGGAGUCGGGUCCAGAAAGAAUACGUUCUUCAAAACUGUGGAGAAGCAAAAAUGGUGAAGUUCCGCAUUAUGGAAAAGAUGAUGUUCGUACAGUAUACGAUGUUUAUCGACAAGGCGCCAAGCUAUCAAAUAGUGGCAAGUGCCUGGGAUGGCGCGAAAAUACAACCGGGCCAUAUGUGUGGCAAAGUUACAAAGAAACAUUACUGCGGGCCAAUAAUUUUGGCUCUGGCCUUAUAAGUCUGGGCUUGCAGACAAACUCUGUAUUAGCUAUUUAUCUACAGAAUUGCCCCGAAUGGAUAAUGGCUGAAUUAGCUGCGUUUACGUAUUCUAUGGUUGUAGUUCCAAUAUACGAUACACUCGGACCCGAAGCAUGCUCUUUCAUUUUAAAUCAAAACAAAAUUACUGUUGUUUUAACCGACGACGACAAGAAAGUAACUAAUUUGAUUGGUGAAUCAUCAAAAUAUUUGAAGACAAUAAUCAGUUUGAAAGAGGUAUCUCCUUCUGUACUUGAGAGGGCUCAGAAACGCGAAGUAGAUAUUUUAACAUUCAAGGAAAUCGAAUCUCGAGGUGCGAAAGAUUUCUGUACACCCGUACCACCAAAACCUGAAGACUUGAGUACAAUCUGCUACACAUCUGGCACAGUUGGAAUACCAAAAGGAGUAAUGUUGACUCAUGCAAACAUAGUUUCUGCUAUAGAUUCUCUCGGCGAAGGAUUUAUGAAGAAGGACGAUGUUAUGAUAUCCUAUCUGCCUUUAGGACAUAUGUUAGAGAGGAUAGUACAGCAUGCCAUGUACAGAGAAGGUGGAGCAGUAGGUUUCUUUGGUGGUGACUUGCAGCGUUUGAAAGAUGAUCUUGCUACUUUGAAGCCGACAGUAGUUGUGACUGUACCUCGACUGUUGAACAAGUUUUACGAUGGCAUUACAAAUCAUCUUUCGCAAUCGAAAUUAAAGAACUUGAUAUUCCAAAUAGCCCUGUUUUUCAAACAAGCAGAAUUGAAAAGUGGCGUUAUUCGAAACGACUCAAUUUGGGAUUGGUUGGUAUUUCGGAAUGUUCAGGAAGUGGUUGGGGGAAGAAUCCGCAUGGUGUUAACGAGUUCAGCACCACUUUCAGAAAAUGUGAUCACGUUUGUACGAUGCGUUCUUGGAUGUCAGGUCAGGGAAGGUUACGGUCAGACAGAGUGCUUGGUAGCAUGUGCCACUCUACAUGGAGAUACGACAUCAGGUCACGUGGGACCUCCUGUACCCUCCUGUAAAAUAAAGUUGGUAGAUGUACCUGAAAUGGAGUACUACGCAGCAGACGAUAAAGGUGAAAUAUGCGUGAAAGGAAGUAAUGUCUUCAAGGGAUACUAUGAUGAUCCAGAAAGAACUAAGGCGGUGCUUGAUGAGGAUGGCUGGCUUCAUACCGGGGACAUUGGUGAAUGGCUAUCGAAUGGGACAUUAAACAUUAUUGAUAGAAAGAAACACAUAUUCAAACUAUCGCAAGGGGAAUACAUUGCGCCGGAGAAAAUAGAAAAUGUUUACUUGAACAGCCGAUUUGUGGACCAGAUCGUAGUUUAUGGGGAAUCAUUGAAGUCUUGCAUUAUAGCAAUAGUAGUACCAAACAGAGAAGCUUUAAUAGAUUGGUCGUUGAUCAACAAUAUUGGAGGACCAUGCACAUCGCUAUGCCAAGACAAACGGGUAAAGAAUGCCGUAUUGAAAGAUAUGCAGGAGAUAGGCAGAAAUGCUGACUUGAAGUCUUUCGAACAGGUCAAGGACAUCUAUUUACAUCCCGAGCCUUUCUCAGUAGAAAACGGCCAGUUAACGCCUACCAUGAAGACGAAGCGACGAGACAUCACCAAAAUCUUCAAGAAACACAUUGAAAACAUGUACAUGUAUUUACCUUAACCGUAAAAUAUUUAUGAAGUUGUAAACUCGUCUCUUAUUGGACCAAAUUCAUGGCGUGACGACCACGUGGUGGUAUGCUUGCUGAUUGCAAUACAUUACUGACUCAAGGCUGUUAUUACUUCACUUAAUUCCAUAUACGCGCACCGAUGGAAAACGAUUUAUGCCAGUAGACAGUGUACCACGCGCACGCCUUUGCGUCCAAAAAAAAAUCUGUGCUUACUUCCCGCCAACAUUUCCAUCAAUAACACUGCGCAUGUUACUACUGAAUCAUUCCGUCUCUUUUUAUGUAAUGUUGCGCGAAUGGAAUGGCGGAUAACCUAAAAUUUUAUUACGCAUGCGCGGAACCUCAGGGUGAGCGAUGUUCCGCAUUUUCCCAGGCCACCAUACCGUAGUGAAAUUCUUUACACCAAUGCAGUGGUUUGAAACACCAUAAUCCCUUUUAGUUUAAAAUCUAGAUAAAAUGUUAUACCGAACUGUUUUUUUAUAGAAUUAGCUAAAAUAAUGUGUACUUAAUCAAAUUAUCAAUAUCUAGUGAAAAAAAUCAAUUAAUUUGUUGUGUAAAUAGGUCUAGAAUGAAAUUUUUAGGUGAAUUGUCAAGAAAUCGAAUGGUUUAGUGUUGUGAUUGGAGUUGGAUACUUAGUCUGCAAUAUUUAUUAGUAAGUUGCACUUUUUCUAUACUUAUUUGACAUAUAAUAGGUACCUACCUAGAAUUGAAAUUGCGGCGAAGACAUAUUCACUUUACUUUUGCGUUUUAAUCAAUUUAAUUGAACAAUUGUUUCACAUUUCAUUAUACGCAAUAAUAUUAUUGAUAUUGUUAUUUCAAUAUUGAAUCUAAAUACCAAUUUAUCACUUAUUUGUUUACAUACACCUAUCUAGUUAAUGUACUUAACUAUGGUCGUUACGUUAUUAUUUCUUGAAUAAAAUACUUUA